AUGACCGAUCUCGCUCGCAACGGUUCCAUCCUCGUCGCCGAGAUCAAAGCGGUGCACGCUCCUGCCGCCGACGGCACCAACGGCGCCAUCCCCGUCGCAAACGGUGAUGCCAACGGCUCUGCCAUCCUCGGCAAUGGUGCUGCGGCCGCUCCUCUGGACCCCUCGGUCACCACGCCCUAUGUGGACAGCCACCCCGCUGGCCAUGCCGCCGAGGCCUCCGCUCUGAGCGCUGGUGUCGGUGCUCAGCAUGUGCCUCACCAGGCCGACCCUUCGAUCGCCACGGGUGUCGUUUCUGGAGGAGAGACCACUGCCCCGGUCCCUGCCGCUGCUGCUGCCCCCGCCGCUGCUGCUGCCCCCGCCGCUGCUGCUGUCCCUGCCGCUGCUGCUGCCCCUACUGGUGAGGCCGCUGCUCCUGGCUUGAUUCAGCCUCAGACCACUCCCAUUCAGCCUGUCCAGCCCAGUGACCACGCUCGUGAGGUCUCGCACAUCAACACCGCCGCCCCCGCCGGCGGUUUCGCUGGUGUAGGUGCCGGCUCGCCCGCUGGUACCGCCCCCGGCAGCGCUCUGAGCGCUCAGCAGGCCCCUGCCUCGUCCGGUAUUGAGCCUGGUAGCAUCGUCAGCCCUGAGCAGCAGCAGGAGCUCCAGCAGCCUCCUCAGGAGCACCACUCUGUGGCUCCCGCUGCGGCCGCCGGUGCCGCUGGUGUUGCUGCUGGUGCUGCCGCUGGAAAGGGUUCCACCAGCGCCGCUGCUCAGGCCCCUACCUCGGCGAUGAGCCCCAAGGACAUCAAGAAGAUGGACAAGCUCAUGAAGAAGGAGGCCAAGGACGAGGCCAAGUCGCUCAAGCGCGCCAUCAAGGAGGCCCAGGCUUCCGAGAAGCUCUUCCGCAAAUCGCGCGAUGCCGAGCAGCAGGCCAUCAAGCGUCACACCAAGGCGCAGACGUACGAGCACAAGGCGAGCAAGUCGCUCAGCAGGGCCAAGGCUGAGCACGAAAAGACCGCCGCCGAUCUGGCCAAGGCCGUCGAGGAGCUGGACAUCAAGAAGCGCCACACCGAGGGCACGCGCUCGGGCUACGAGGAGGCCAAGAAGCGCAUUGAUGAGCUUAGGAGCCAGAAGACCAUCAACGACCAGGCUAGGUCCCGCACCGCCGCCCAGAUCCACGGUGGUCGUUGA